ACCAACACGGCACUUUCCCCACAGGGCUAGGACGCCGCUGCGCCCUCGCCGACAAUUUGGUACCUAUUCAACAUGGCCUCGUUUGCUCGCUGACUGCCGACACACUCGUUCCAUUGCUAGUCGCCAGCUCUGUUUUUGCAAUUGCAUCAUGCGUGCCUCGACCGCUACGGCCACGGUGCCGCCCCGCCAGCCCGCCAGCCGCAGCUUCACUGUCACGGCGGAGAAGCAGCAGGCGCAAGCCGCCCACGACCACGAGGACUUCUUCUGGACGUACACUGAGGAGCCGCACCGCACCCGCCGUAUGGCCAUCAUCAAGGCGCACCCCGAGGUCACUAAGCUCUGCGGCCCCGAGCCCCUCACCAAAUGGGUUGUCCUGCUCGUUGUCUCGAUCCAGGUCGCCUGCGCCUACUCCCUCCGCAACACGCCCUUCCUGUCGUGGCCUUUCUUCCUGACGGCCUACGUCGUCGGCGCCACCGCCAACCAGAACUUGUUUCUCGCCAUCCACGAGAUCUCGCACAACCUGGCCUUCCGCUCGCCGCUGGCCAACCGCGUUAUCGCCGUCUUCGCCAACCUGCCUAUCGGCAUCCCUUACAGCGCCUCGUUUCGCCCGUAUCAUCUGACCCACCACAAGUCGCUCGGCGUGAAUGGGCUCGACACCGACCUGCCCACCGCCUUUGAAGCGUGGUUUCUCGACUCGGUCGCUGGCAAGGCCUUCUUCUGCACAUGUCAGAUCCUUUUCUAUGCUCUGCGGCCCAUGUUCAUCUACAACCUGCCGCUCACCAAGAUCCACUUGUUCAAUAUCGUUGUCCAGCUCGCUUUUGACUAUGCGCUGGUGCAGUUCGCAGGCGCAAAGUCACUGGCCUACCUGAUCCUGAGCAGCUUCCUCGCUGGUUCGCUCCACCCCUGCGCCGGCCAUUUCAUCGCCGAGCACUAUGUCUUCGAGAAGCCUGAAAAGGACGCCUCGAACCCCGCCAAUAAGAUCCCAAUUCCGGAGACGUACUCGUACUACGGCAUUCUCAACCACCUCACCUACAACGUCGGCUUGCACAACGAGCACCACGACUUCCCCGCAAUCCCGUGGACCCGCCUCCCCAAGCUCAACCGCAUCGCGCACGAGUUCUACGACGAGCUUCCAGUACACAAGAGCUGGGUAUACGUCAUGUGGCAGUUUGUAAUGGACAAGGACAUCAGUCUGUGGUGUCGCGUGAAGCGCGAGGAGGGUGGACGCAAGGUUGGUGCCGGCAGUGGCUGGAGCGAGGAAGAGCUCGGCAACAACGAGAAGAAGGGACGCAUUCCGGGCGUCUUCUGAUGACUUGAGUAUAGACAAUUGCAUAGAGCGGCGUUCUAGCGGUAUAUGAUAUGGGUUUCACGAUCGAUUCGACUCAUUCCCCGCUGCGUGACAGCACAACUUGUGACGCCCAACCUCAUUUCCUGCACUACCUACACGCCCGAGAUGCGGACAUACCUUCAUGCGCUGCAUGGGUAAUCAUGCUCUCACCGCACCUUUCCGCACCGCCUGCCUGCGCCCGACAAGGCAUAAUACGUACCACAACAAU